GUCGAGUUCUCUCUCUCUUUCUCUCUCUCUCUCUCUCUCGUGUCAAACUGUCAAAAGUGUUGCGAAACGCGGUGGAAAAGUCGUGUUUAUUUCCCGUGAAAACUGACCAGAAUCCCCUGUGAACGGAUAAAAUGUUCCAGAGGCUGUUCCAGAAGGUCUUCUGUGCGGAUGGCACACCAACACGACCGGCGCUGAGCGGCCAGGAAGGCUCGGGUGAGAAGGGUGGAGAGACCGGCACGCAUGGCCUGUCACUGCACAACAUUCUGGGGCCCCCGCGCCAGGUGGGCACGCUGGAGGAGCUGCACAAGAAGUGCAAGGAAGUGUUCCCGGCCACAUUCGAGGGUGGCAAGGUGAUGAUCAACAAGGGACUGAGCAAUCACUUCCAAAUCUCCCACACACUGACCCUCAGCGGCGAUCCGGGCAAGACGGGCGUCAGUGGAUAUCGAUUUGGAGCGACUUUCGUGGGCACAAAGCAAGUAAGCCCCACGGAAAUGUAUCCGGUGUUGCUGGGCGACAUUGAUCCAGCCGGCAACCUCAAUGCCAAUGUGAUUCAUCAGUUGACAAAGCGAAUUCGAGGGAAGUUUGCCGCCCAAAUUCAAGACAGCCAGGUCAGUGCAGCUCAGAUGUCAGCAGAGUAUCACGGGCACGAUUUUACUGCCUCCAUCAUCACCGCCAAUCCCAACCUGGUCAACGGAUCCGGUAUCCUCAUCGGCCACUACCUUCAGGGCAUCACGGACAACAUUUCUCUGGGCAGCGAAAUUGUAUAUCAGUUCGGACCAGCGGUGCCGGGUGGAGAAAAUGCCAUAAUCUCCAUGGCAGGACGCUACAUUCACGGUGACACCACAUGGACAGCCACCAUGGAUUUUACGGGAUUGCAUUUAUGCUAUCACUCUCGUGCCAGCGAACAAUUGCAGCUGGCCGUCGAGGUGGAGACCAAUCUACGGAUGCAGGACUCUGUAGCUACGUUCGGCUAUCAGGUGGACUUGCCCAAGGCGAAUUUGGUGUUCAAGGGCAUGGUGGAUACCCACGGCACGGUGGCCGGGGUACUGGAGAAGAAAUUGGAGCCACUGCCAUUCACGUUGGCCCUCAGCGGUGCCCUGAAUCACUCCAAAAACCAAUUCCGCAUGGGAUGUGGCAUAGUUCUAGGCUAGUCCUCUUCGCCAGCUCCUCCUAGACUUCUGCUUUACAAAAUACCAAUAAAAGUUACGUUGCGUAGUGGA